UAUUUGACGUUUUGUGUCGAGAGAGUUACUUCUUCAGAACUGCCAGAAUGGAUAAACCAGCAACUGAGUCAGAGCACAGUGACAGCGUGAACGCCACAUCCUCUUCAAACGAGAAUGAAGGCGGCACUGCCAGCGAGUCGUCUAUAGAACCAUCUUCUUCUAAAAAGACAACUGAGACUCAGACUCCCCCCAAUAUCUCGAGUCCACCCUCUUCCUCUUAUAUUCCCCCUAUCGGGUCUCAAUAUGGGCUGCAGAAGAUAUUGGUCCCACUUACGAUAUCUUUAUAUGGAAUUUUUAUAUUGUCUUUCUUGCUCAUAGGCUUAACUCGAAGAUAUCCCAUUCGCUUUUGUUCUUAUCGAGUAGCCAUCCUCAGCUCAUCUCUAUUCCAUGCAAUUUUACUGGUCUUUUCUAUUCUUCAGGACACAUCUGGAAACAUUCCAAUCAGAAUCCUGGCGAACGAAGAUGCCCACAUGCUCCUGUUCAAUUUAGUCUUCUGGAUCAGCCGUCUCUCUAUGUGGCCAACUUUGUUCAUCCCUUUGAUCUAUGGCCUUAUACAGACGUCAGAUCUUGUCACUCAAAUCCCUAAAACGUUCAACACCAGAUUUCCACCGCAAGUCAGCAGUGUCACUUCUAAAAUUCUACGCAACAGAGACUGCGUCUUGAAACGCACCGCCCUCGCCGAGCCCCUCAUCCUUGUCGUGCUGAUAUUCUCGAUAUUCAAAAAUGGAAUAUCCGCCAUCCUUCUAUACUUCUUAUGGAUCAAUGUCAGAUACGCCUAUUCAGCCUACACCCGAUCAUCUGUUUUGUGGUGGACUGAGCACGCUGAUCGCCGUAUCGGGAGCCACCCCCAGGCUGCCCCUUAUUACAGGAAGUUCAAAUGCGCCGUCAAGUCCUCUCACAUCGGGCGCUUCCUCCCGGGCAAGCAGGAUUGAAGAAGUCCUAAAGUCCUCCUGCCUAAGCAAGAUUCAAGGAGUUUCAAAAAUUCUGCCUUUAUGCGUACAAAAUAAAAAAGAUUCAUUCAUGUUUCUGUCCCUGACCGAGACUCACCUUAUCA